CUCCUAGACUACAGAUACAGGUGCAACGGUAGAGAGUAGCCGUGCAGUACAAUUCAAGCGGUUCAUACGAUACAGUUUAAUUAAAAAGGCUAAGAGUAAUAUAAAAAUAAAAACUAGUACAGCCAAAUAAACAAGAAAAACGGGAUAUGUCAUACCACAUUACUUCUUCGGCAAAACGGAAUGUUACAUUACAAUCAUGUAUGGAAGAGAAUUCAUUCUCACAAGAAGCAGAGGACUCCGACGAGGAACGCGAGCUAACCAACCUUAAUUGGCUUUUGAGGAAUCAAAAUUUAACUUGGCCGAAAACCAUUGAUUACAACCCAACCGAUAUUUUAAAUUCGAAAAGGAACGCAGAACCAACUCACAAGUCAAGAGACCAUGAUAAACAUAUCAAAAUGUUUUAUUCUACGCGUGAACGCACAGAUAAAAUAUCCCAUAUAAUUUUAGGGGCUAAUGCGCAAAAAUCUAUAACAAAGAGACCAACUGCGUCAGAACGCUUUGAAACAUUCGUCAAUAAAGUUAAAAGAGACUUAACAGAAUAUGAAAAGUUGGCUAGCAAGUAUGAAACCGACGUGACCGAGAAACCGCCUUUUAAUUAUUCACAUAUAAUAGGAAUGGCUAUGUUACAAAAUGGGCGAAUAACUUUACAACAAUUAUGUUCUUGGAUAGAGGCCAAGUUUGCAUUUUUUAGAGUUCGAAAGAAAUGGAAUAAUUCCAUUAGGCAUAAUUUAUCAUUGCACCAUUGCUUUCGUAACCGAAAAAGAGAAGAAAGGGGAAAAGGUGGUUACUGGGAGCUGGGGGUCGACCCAAAAAAAUGUGACCGGAAACGAAUUCGAAAUAGAAAAAUUUUUCAUCCAACGGAAAAUCAAACUGCUAAGUUCCAGUAUGAACACUUAACAGAAAUACAACAAGCAAACUCUGCUCGGCAAAAUCAUGCAAGAUUCGUUCAAAAAUCGAAGACAAGAAGUCUUCCAGAAAAAUCUGAAGCAAAUAUCUUUAAUAUCGUGCCCCAUGAAGAACCUAAUAUAGCUGAUAAAAAUGAUGAGCAACGUCAGUUACGAAGAAUAAAUAAAGAGGACAUUUUAAAAAAGAAGUCUGAGCUUGACACUAUUAUAUCGAGUACUGAAUCAUUUUUAACAGAACCUCAAAACUUAAACUGUUUUUUUUCCAACAAGACGGAUACUACCAACACGCCCAUUCCUGCAGAAAAGAAUUUCUGCACAUUCAAUAAUUUCUAUUCCGAAAUGACACCUGUGCUUGCUUCAAAUUCAAAUAUCGUAGAAGACCAAAAUGUAUCAAAUGAUGUAUCCUGUCCUAGCCAUGCAUGCAACAUAACAAUCAAUUAUGAUUACACUAACUUUCAACCAAUAGUAGAUAGCAUUGCCGAGCAGUUCCAAUGCCUGCAUGAUAGCGCUGAGUAUGAUCGAAACGACGAUAUCUUAGAAAACCUUCUUGAUGUUUGUGUUACGCACUAUUAAAACAGAACUUAUUGCAAUACAAAAACCAAAAAUGUUUGUUUACAAAGCUAUUAUACAAUGAUUCAAUAAAGUGGCUUGUAUUAUCGA